UUCCAGCGGGGUCCAUCAUAUCUACAUGGAGUGGAGGUGCAGCAACAACAGCUAAAUUGUAAACUACCACAAGAUUGAACCCUCUCUCUCUCUCUCUCUCUCGGAUCCUAGCAAUGGAGCUUCGUUUCCAACCAAACAGCAUGACACGCAUACCCUCCGCUCUUACCCAAGUUGGUUUGAAAGAGAAACAGUUUGUGGGUGGUCAAGUGAUCAAGAUUCCCAAUUGUAAGGGGUACCCAAAUGCCACAAAGCUCAAAUUCUCUGGUUUCAGAGCUCAAACUUCAGGCGCUACAAAAUUUAGCUCAAAGGCUGUUGAAGCAGUUCCAAAGAAUGCCAAUUCAAAAGAUGACAAUCUUGUAUUUGUUGCUGGUGCUACUGGAAAAGUUGGGUCACGGACCGUAAGGGAGCUUUUGAAACUGGGUUUCAAAGUUAGAGCUGGUGUCCGAAGUGCUAAGAGGGCUGAAUCUCUUUUGCAAAGUGUUCAGCAGAUGAAGCUCGGUGAUGAGGCUGGAAGUGAUGGAACUAAACCUAUAGAGAAGCUUGAAAUUGUAGAGUGUGACUUGGAGAAGGAUCCGAUUGUGCCAGCAUUAGGCAAUGCUUCAGUCGUUAUAUGCUGCAUUGGAGCCAGCGAGAAGGAGGUUUUUGAUAUCACUGGACCAUACCGGAUUGACUAUCAGGCUACAAAAAACCUUGUCGACGCAGCAACUACUGCGAAAGUUAAUCACUUCAUUUUGCUUACAUCUCUGGGAACAAAAAAGUUUGGAUUUCCUGCAGCAAUUUUGAACUUGUUUUGGGGAGUCCUGAUUUGGAAAAGGAAGGCAGAAGAAGCACUUCUAGCCAGUGGUCUCCCUUACUCUAUAGUGAGGCCCGGAGGGAUGGAGCGACCUACUGAUGCUUACAAGGAAACUCACAACAUCAGUCUUUCAAACGAAGACACCUUAUUUGGUGGUCAAGUGUCAAACCUUCAGGUAGCGGAACUGAUGGCCUUUAUGGCCAAGAACCGUAGCCUUUCAUACUGUAAGGUGGUUGAAGUAAUUGCAGAAACAACUGCGCCAUUGACUCCCAUGGGGGAGCUACUUAUGAAGAUUCCAUCUCAGCGUGUUGAAGUUAAACCACAGAAGGAACUUGAUACUGCAGGUUUGCCUCAGUCUUCAGUUUCUAAGACUGUUGUAUCCGAGCCUUCAAGCACUCCUGUUGAGAAAGAACCUGCCGCAGCGAAAGAAAAGGCAAAAAUGUCGCUUUCUCCAUAUGUUAUCUAUGAGGAUUUGAAGCCACCCACAUCUCCUACUCCAACUCCCAGCACUUCUGCUGGCGCUGUUCAAGCAAACAAAGUGGAGCCCAUUCCAGCAGCGUUGGAGUCUCCCCCUUCUGCGCAAAUGAACAUUCCAGAACCCCCAAGCACUGCAACUGAAAAAGUUCCUGUCCCGACAGAACUGAAGAAAGAAAGUCCUUUGUCCCCAUAUGCAAGAUACGAUGACCUAAGGCCUCCUACAUCACCAUCUCCAAAUGCAUCCUCCGGGUCAAUCCCCCCACCAUUGUCUACAGUGGUGAACAAUGUGGCUCAAGCUCUCCCUGCAGAAAAGCCGGUGGAUGAACAGAGUCAUGCUGUAACAAUACCAAGGCCACUCUCACCUUUUGCCAUGUACGAGGACUUAAAGCCUCCAACUUCUCCAUGUCCUACACCAAGGAAGUUGUAGAAAAAGUUACUGCCAUCCGAUUUCUUAUUCAAAAUUUCCUCGAGGACUUUCAUUGAAGGACCUGCACGGACUAUUUACUUGUGAUUCAUAAGAGGCAAAGAAUUGAAAUCGCAGGAGUACUUUUCGGUAUUUUUGGGUACCUUAUCGUCUCUUUAUAGUUGCUUAAUAUUACUCAUUUUCAUUAUGUUGGCCUGCUGUAAACCAAUAACACUGUGAUAUUGAAGAAUAAUAUCAUCUCUCUCUCUCUCUCUC